GCAGCCUUGCGAAGGUCGUGCGCCGGACUCCACUGCUGUCCCUGCGCGUCCCGGACGUCCAGUGCCCCCCCGGAGCGCCAUGGCUGAGCUGUUCCCGCUGGCUGAGGAGCUGUCGUGCUCCAUUUGCCUGGAGCCCUUCAAGGAGCCUGUCACCACCCCGUGCGGCCACAACUUCUGCAGGUCGUGCCUGGGUGAGACGUGGUCGGCCCUGAUGGCGCCGUACCGGUGCCCGCAGUGCCGCACCGUCUACCAUGCGCGCCCACAGCUGCAGAAGAACACGGUGCUGUGCAACGUGGUGGAGCAGUUCCUGCAAGUCGAGCAGGGGAAGCUACCUGCCGAAGACGAGUGGACACCGCCUGCCCGCGCCAAGGCCCCCAGCGCAGGUGGCCAGGUGGCCUGCGACCACUGCCUGAAGGAGGCUGCUGUGAAGACGUGUCUCGUGUGCAUGGCCUCCUUCUGCCAGGAGCACCUGCGGCCGCACCUCGACAGCCCGGCCUUCCAGGACCACCCCCUGCAACCGCCUGUCCGUGACCUGCUGCAGCGCAAAUGUCCCCAGCACAACCGCCUGCGGGAAUUCUUUUGCCCCGAGCAUGCCGAGUGCAUCUGCCACAUCUGCUUGGUGGAGCACAAGGCCUGCUCCACUGUGCCCCUGAGCCAGGCCAGUGUCGACCUGGAGAACAAACUGAGGCAAAAACUAACCAUCAUGUACAGUCAUAUCAAUGGGGCGUCAAGAGCACUGGAGGAUGUGAGAGCCAAGCAGCAGAGUGUGCGGGAUGCUGCAAAAAGGAAGAUGGAUCAGCUGAGACAAGAAUACAUGGAAAUUAAGGCAAUCAUUGAUGCUUCAGAGGCCAGCUUGACUCGUAAGAUAAAAGAUGAAGAGAUGAGGGUGAGCAGCAAGUACGACACCAUUUACCAGGUACUCCUCAAGAAGAAGAGUGAGAUGCAGAGCCUGAAGGAGGAGAUCGAGCUCAGCCUGACCAAAGGGGACGAGUAUGAGUUUCUGGGGAAAGCGGCAAAACUGCAAGGAGUCUCAACAAAGCCAGUCUACAUCCCAAAGGUGGAGAUGGAUUAUGAGCUGAUGAAGGGGGUCUACCAGGGUGCCUUUGACCUCAAGAAUGAGCUGAAGCGGUCCGUAAGGCAGCUGCAGGAGAAGAAGCCUGAGGAGCCUUCCAGCUCAGGUGACUUGGGAGACCGUAAUGCAGAAUCCACAUAUAAAUCCUCACGUCCUGUGAAGAAGACCCAACAAGAAAAGAAGAUCAAGAAAACCUCUGCUGUCUCUAGUCCUACCUUUGUGGCCCAUGCCCAGGCAGUGGACUUGAAUUCAGUCCCAGAUGUGGCUCCCAAAGCCCCUCCCUUGUCGCCCAAUGCCACAUCUCUCAAGGCCAAGGUGCUGGAGAACUUCUUAACCAAGUCCAGAGCUGAGCUCCUGGAUUAUUCUGUGAAAGUCAUCCUGGACUUCAACACAGCCCACAACAAGGUGGCACUGACGGAGAGCUACACCACAGCCUCAGUAGCCGAUGUGCCUCAGAACUACAAGCCACAUCCCCAGAGGUUCACCUACUGCUCACAGGUGCUCGGCCUGUACUGCUACAAGAAGGGCAUCCACUACUGGGAGGUGGAGCUGCAGAAGAACAACUUUUGUGGGGUGGGGGUCUGCUAUGGCAGCAUGGACCGCCACGGUCCCGAGAGCCGGCUUGGCCGGAACAGCACCUCCUGGUGCGUGGAGUGGUUCAACAACAAGAUUUCUGCCUGGCACAACAACAUGGAGAAGGCUCUGCCCUCCACCAAGGCCACACGGGUUGGCGUGCUUCUCAACUGUGACCAUGGCUUUGUUAUUUUCUUUGCUGUCUCUGACAAGGUCCACCUGAUGUAUAAGUUCAAGGUGGACUUUACUGAAGCUCUGUACCCGGCCUUCUGGGUGUUCUCUGCGGGUACCUCACUCUCCAUCUGCUCCCUCAAGUAGGCAGGCCGUGGACUUCAACUCAUGGCCUGGGGAACACCCAAGACUCUAGUGAAGACUCUUUGGAGUGCUUCCCUGAGUCCCCAGCAGUCAGAAGGGUGGAAGGGGAUCAGAGGAGGGGGGAGAUGGAAUAAAAAGAGGGAUUUCAUUGGGAAAGAGGUGGGGUGAUUGUCUUGUGGGUGGGGAAGCAUGUCUACCUCCUGGUGUCCAUCAGGGAAGGAUGACCUCCUCCCAUUGUUCUGGGGAAUCUCCAGGCUGCUGGGUACCAGGGCAGAGCUUUGGGGAGUAAAGUCAUUAGGGCUUUUGUAGAAAAUCUACAGCCACAUUCUUUCUUAGGUGAUGGGUUUCUGUACUUUACUCUUUGGGAUAGCCUUCAGAUCUUGGUGUUUUGAUUACCCUCUAGAUUUUUUAAAAAAAUUCCAAGGUCAUUGAACUUCAAUAUAUAUUUUAUCUUUUUGAUACUGGGGAUUGGCCAUAGGUCCUUGUACAAACUUAGGCUCUACCUGUGAGCGCCACUCCUACACUGAAUUUCAAUAUUGCCAGCCAUUUGGUUAGGAGCUUUUAGUUGAGGCUUUAAACUAUGAUUUCAAUCAGACUCUGUUGAAUUUGUGAUUGGGUGAAGUUCAGGGUGAAGUUCAAGGUGACACAAGCCCAGUUUAUAGAGAUAGCUCUCUCUCUCUUCUAAGUGCUACAAGGGGCAUCUCAGCAAAGACACUCUGGCUGCUGCCAGAGAGCCUCACUUGAAGGCCUUGCUUCCUAUAGCCUGGGCUGUGGGGCAGGCAGGACCCUGGCUUGGGUUAACGGAAGCAUGAUGGCUUUGCUCUUACACAGUGCCUUGCUUUGACAGCUGUCUUCAGCCAUGGUGUCCCUCUUCCCUGGAUUGUAGAUAUUGGCCUGACUGCUGUGGAUGCCGCCAAUGCUACCACAGUCAAGCAGCCAGCCACGCCACAUAAUCUGACGCCACGUGUGUGGCUGUGUGUGGCUGCUGCAGGGACCAUACUAGGUCACCUGCUGGGGUGACUACCUAUGGUCCAAAAGGCCUUAUAGCAGAUCUGGAAGGUUGGGGAAGGGGGGCAGCAUAUACCCUAAGCAACAGGCUGCAGACCCUCUCUUGAGUCUGAGGCCUUUCCCUGCCCUUCUGCUGUCUUGCUUAUUGAGCCAGUUCCUGAUUUGACCAGGCUAGAGGUCAGGAAGACUUAAGAAUCAGGGAUGUAGUGAGCUAAAGAGAGUCAGACAAGUGGCUGUUUUCCUUGCAGUGUUUCAUGCAGUGAAAAUAACCCAGUCUGUCAAGGGGCAGGAGUAAAUGGAUUGCUGGAGUCUCCCCCCAUUCCUUAUAUCCUGAUGAUGUCAGGAUGUAAGUGCCCGUCAGGCAGUGUGAGAAAUUUGGCCUCUUGUGACCUAAGUCCAACUCUGGGCUUUCCCAAGAGGGGAGCUUUCUCCUGUCAGGCUUCUUACACUGUGGGGAAAUAAGGACCCCAGACCUUUGCAUAUGGAUAUUUGAGAAUUUAGCGCAUCUCAGGCCUUGUGCUGGAAUUCCAGGGCCAGGAGCAUUUAGUGUUCCGGACAGAUGUGUGAUCUGUAUCCUCUCCCAGGAAGUUUUCAGUUCCUAGGGAGAGAAGAAUCUUUGUAGAGGAGAUGUCUCUGCAAGGCUGAUACAUGAUUUUAAAAGUUUUCUUCCUUUACUUCAGAGAAGAAAAGUUCUCUGGUAAUGCUUCUCCACUUUGGUUCCAAAGCAUCUUCAUGGAUCUUCUGAUACUAAAGCCUUGUCUGAAGCCAAGUCAAGGCUGGGAACCAGCUAGAGGAGUAGAAUGCCAAAGAUUAACCCAGGGCUCCUACUAGGAUACUCUUCUAUAGAAAUGAGAGCAACAGAGGAGUCUUCCUUGGCAAGUUAGCAGCUCAUAGGGACACAAGAGCCCUCUGUUGCUGAGAAUCAAGCAGGUAACCAAAGUCCAGCGGUGGGCAAGGUGCCCUUGCUGUCUUGAACCUUUCAUUUUGCAAUGGUAAGACCUUGCAGUAUGUAGCCUUGCAGGGCCGCUGCGCUUUCAAGUCCUGGAGUGGGAGGAACCUUUGCAUCCAUCCCUCUUCUCAUUUUGCAGAAUCAGGCGGAUAAGAAGGGAGAUGUCUCUGUUCACCAUCUUGCCAUUCCAUCAUGGAGGGGAUACCUGCUUCCUAAUAUGUGAGCAGGAAAACCUUGGUACCCUGUGGGAGUACCAGAAAUUCCCAGAAACACUAACAUAAAAUCCUAUGCCAGAUAUAGAUACUGGGGACUAUCUCAGUCACUCUGGUGUGAUAAACCAAAAGGUCAAGGUCAAGUCUUUGUAUUAGUCAAGACUGGCUGACCAAAUAUGCCUGUUGUAAUUACUCUGUAAUUGAUCCACAAUUUAUUACUAAUAUGUUAGCUUCUAUGUGAUUUUUGCUUCCCACUGUUAAUUGUAAUUAGUUAGGAGUAUUUGAGCUAUUUCUUUAUUUUUUAUUUUUUUUUUAUUAUUCAUAUGUGCAUACAAGGCUUGGUUCAUUUCUCCCCCCU